AUGGACUAUUCACUCCAGAACCAUGCGUCCUACAUUGGGCGUCCAAUCGCAGAACUUCCGACGCCUUCUCUUCUCCUGAGCAAGCCCGUGUUGGAACGCAAUACCACGGCCCUGCUUGAGGAUGUCAAGAAGCUGGGGAUUUCGUUUCGGCCUCAUGUGAAGACGAUGAAGUGCACGGAGGUUACUCGAAUGAUGCUGGGCGAUGGACUUCAUCGGAAGAUCGUUGCAUCAACCCUUUGUGAGAUUCGGGGCGCCUUGGAUUUGGUUCGCGAGGGGAAGCUUGACGAGGUGCGUACAUUUGCUAUCCACUGGUAUAGGAAACAAGUUUUGAGGAAGUCUACACAGUGUCUUUACGGUUUACCGGUCUUUCCCGGCGCUCUCCAACAUCUUCAUGAUUUAUCGCAAUCUCUCAAAAUCCAGCUCAUGAUCGACAAUGAGCAACAAGUUGAUGUUCUGGAAGCUUAUCUAGAGAAGGCAUCUUCAAAGCCCGCCCCAUGGUCCGUUUUCGUUAAGAUCGACGUUGGCUCUCGCCGGGCUGGUCUGGCGACCGAGUCGCCUUCGCUGCCGAAGCUAAUCGAACGAAUUGAGUCAUCGUCAGCCGCGACUAUUCAUGGGUUCUAUUGCCAUGCUGGUCAUUCAUACGCAACUCGCACGGAAGAGGCUGCAACUGCAGUACUCCAGGAAGAGGUCGAGGGUGUGGUGAAGGCGGCAAAGUUCUUGAUUGAUGCGAGGCCGGAUCGUAGGAUUGUCGUUUCAGUCGGAUCAACCCCCACGGCACAUGUUGUGAGCAGACUUAAGGCUACGUUGCCCGAGGGAAUGGAACUUGAGCUACACGCUGGUUGCUAUCCAUCCAACGAUCUGCAACAGGUGGCUACCUCCCUCGUAACCCCCAAUCAACAAGCAAUCCGAAUCCUAGCAGAUGUCUGCAGCGUCUACCCCGAGCGCAACGAAGCAUUGAUUAAUGCGGGAACGGUCGCCCUAUCGAAGGAAGCCAGCGAGUUUCCGGGCUACGGUACCGUGAUUGAUCGACCUCAGUGGUGCGUUGUGCGCAUGUCCCAGGAACAUGGUAUUCUGGGCUGGGCAGAGUCGGAGCAGACAACCAGACUCAUGCAGCAUACGGGAUCGAAAUCAGGAACCGGAGAGAAAAUUGAAGAUUCUUUCAGGGUUGGCGAUAAGGUUCUUCUGUACGUUCAGCAUGCUUGCAUCACAUCGGCGCAGCACUUUGUCUACUACGUUGUGGAUGAGCAUGAUGUCGUGCGUGAGACAUGGGUUCCGUGGAAGGGCUGGUGA